AGACAAACAAGGAUAAGCGCGGGCAGUGCACUGAAUCCAAUGGCGCAUUCGUAGUUUCACCAAUUGCACAGUGGCUUUUCCGCCAUUCCACUCCCGCCUAAUACACAAUUCAUUUCUACUUCUUCUUCUUCUUUUCGCUUAAUCCAACUUCAUCAAUGGCGGUUUAGGGUUUCCAAUUGAUCCCCCAAACCUCAAUUCCCUCUCUUUAAACCCUAAUUUCAACUUUCACCUCCAAGAUUCACUUUCUCUGCUUUCAAAUUUUUACUUUGCUGUCAUGGGCGCACCUGACAAAUCGCAGGAAAACGUUAAUUCUUUGCAGCGUGUCAAGGUCUACCGUCUGAAUGAUGAUGGGAAAUGGGACGACCAGGGCACUGGGCAUGUCACUGUUGAUUAUUUGGAGCGAUCAGAAGAGCUGGGCGUAUUUGUUUAUGAUGAAGAAGACAACGAGACUAUACUUUUGCAUCGCAUAAUUUCUGAUGAUAUUUACCGAAAACAAGAAGAUACAAUUAUUUCAUGGAGAGAUCCAGAAUAUGCCACUGAGAUAGCGCUAAGCUUUCAAGAACCUGGUGGAUGCUCUUACAUAUGGGACCAUAUUUGCAACGUGCAAAGGAAUAUGCAUUUUAAUACUUUAAAUAGUGAGGCAUUUCACAGUGUAAACAGUGAGUUGAGUGAGUUGCCUGCAGUUGAAUUAUCAACGCUUCCAUUGAUUCUUAAGACUGUGGUCGAGAGUGGCAUUACGGAUCAGUUGCGACUUACAGAACUUAUAUUAACUGAUCAAGAGUUUUUUCCGAAGCUCGUUGAAGUAUUCAGAGUUUGUGAGGAUUUGGAAAAUAUGGAUGGCCUUCACAUGGUUUUCAAAAUAAUGAAAGGGAUCAUUUUGCUCAAUAGCACACAGAUUUUUGAGCGAAUGUUUAGUGAUGAGUUUAUAAUGGACAUAAUUGGUGCUCUUGAAUAUAAUCCAGAGGUUCCUCAUGCUCAACAUCAUCGUGAGUUCUUAAAGGAGAAUGUUGUUUUUAAGGAGGCCAUACCUAUCAAAAAUUCAACUGUGUUAUCAAAGAUACAUCAAACAUAUAAAAUUGGUUUUUUGAAGGAUGUUGUUUUGACUAGAGUAUUAGACGAGGCAACUGCUGCAAAUCUCAACUCUAUGAUACAUGCAAACAAUGCCACUGUUGUUUCUUUAUUGAAAGAUGACAAUGCAUUUAUCCGGGAGUUCUUUGCUAGGUUUAAAUCUCCAACUACCUCUCCUGAAUCAAAGAAAAAUAUGAUCAACUUCUUGCAUGAGUUUUGUGGUUUAAGCAAGAGCUUACCGAUGGUACAGCAGCUUCGACUUUUUAGAGAUAUGGUAAAUGAGGGCAUCUUUGACACUGUCACCGAUGUCUUGCAAAGUGAAGACAAGAAGCUUGUGCUUACUGGAACAGAUAUUCUCAUUCUCUUCUUGAACCAGGAUCCUAAUCUUCUUCGAUCCUAUGUGGUUCGACAGGAAGGAGUCACACUUCUUGGACUGUUGGUUAGAGGAAUGGUAACAGAUUUUGGGGACGACAUGCAUUGCCAGUUUCUUGAGAUUCUUCGCAUUCUUUUAGACUCAUCUACAUUGUCUGGGGCACAGAGGGACACUACUAUUGAUAUUUUCUACGAGAAGCAUUUGUGUCAACUGGUCAAAGUGAUAACAGCUUCAUGUCCUCCAGAAAAUGUUGCUAAUGGGAGCAACAAAUUUGUAGACCCUGACAAAGGAGACCAAAAUCACAGUGGGACAAAGCCAGAGAUUCUAUUGAACAUAUGUGAACUACUAUGCUUCUGUGUUCUACACCACCCAUACCGAAUAAAGUGCAGUUUUCUGCUGAGUAAUGUGAUUGAUAAAAUUUUGUUACUGACACAAAGAAGAGAAAAGUAUCUGGUUGUUGGUGCUAUUCGGUUUGUUCGUACCAUUCUCUCUCGUCAUGAUGAGCACCUGAUAAAUCAUUUUGUCAGAAACAACCUUCUCAAACCACUUGUAGACGUCUUCGUUGCUAAUGGCAGUCGCUACAAUCUGCUCAAUUCUGCUGUUCUUGAACUUUUUGAGUUUAUUCGCAAGGAGAAUAUGAAAUUAUUGAUAACAUAUAUAGUUGAUUCUUUCUGGGACCAGCUAGUGAAAUUUGAGAAUUUGGUUUCCAUUCAUUCACUGAAAGUAAAAUACGAGCAGUGUUUGGAUAAUGAUGGGACAAAAGGUACUGUUACGAAUGAUCUUCGAAGACGAAUUGAGGAGCGUGCUUUAGAAAAAGAAGAGGAAGACUACUUUAAUGAGGACAGUGAUGAUGAGGAUUCAACCUCUACGUCUAUUUCACAUCAUCAGAAAGGGCAGCAGCAGAAGCCGCUGCAUGUGCUAUCCAAUGGAGCUGCGGCGAGCCAUUCAAAUUUAAGUCCGAGGUCUGGUGGACUGGUUGACUAUGAUGAUGAUGAGGAUGAUGAAGAUUACAAGCCACCACCAAGGAAGCAGCCAGAAGCUUCUGAAGAGGAUGAAGGGGCAUUGGAGUUGCUCGGAACGAAACGAAAGUUGCCUUUGAAGGAUAAGAUGACGGAUGUUGUACAUAAGCAGAAGAUGUCUAAAAGUUUAAAAUCAAAAGACACAGUUUUUUCUGCCUUGUGUUCAACUUUGAGCCAGGCUGUAUUACCUGGUAAGAAGACUGCUAUGAACGAUCAUACUGGUGAUCAGACAAUUGACGGGAGGAUGAGCUCAACUGAAGACAAUCAAGAAAAAGAGAUAAAAGUUUCUAGGAGCUGCUCUGAAAAUAGUAACACAACAGCUGAAGAGAAUCAUGUAGAGAAAGAAACUGAUACACCUAGGAACUUCUCUGAUGGAUCGAAUGGCACUACAGAUAAUGGACAGUUGGGUGGCGAGGAACAUUCACUGGUUUCACCCAAAUCCUCGCCAGAGAUGGCCGUAAAAGGUUCUUAAAACUUUAUAAACAUAUAGAGAAAAGCAGAUUGUGAUAUUUAUCCCAAGAAUUUGCUGGUGGCAAGGUGGUUGCUGUGCCCUGUGAAACAAGAAAUUCCUUCUACAAGGGUUUAGGUUCUGAUAUGCACAUGUGAAGGACAUUGCAGAUGAUAUACAGUGCCAAUGGGAGGCGGCAAGAUAUUAUAGAGCAACUUGGCUCUGAUCCCAUGUUUGGUUGGCUGUUUCAAGCUUUGAACAUAGUAAUAGUUGCUUUUCUGUAACAUUCAUCACCAGCAAUAAAUUAUCGUUUUGUUUCCUUGUCACCAUUUUUUAUCUCUUUCAGCUCAUUUUUCAUAGUUGCUGUUAGAGAAUUCUGAUUUGGGGGGUUGAUCCUGUUGUCAUUUUGUAGUUUUUAUAAGUUAUAAUAACACCUUGAUAGAGGGCGCCAAUAUCUGCCCUACAUAGGUUUUAUUUAUCUGUCCCCCCCUCUGUAAGUGAUAUAGGAAUAUGUGCAGUGCCAGUGGGAUUGUAUUAACAAAUUUUCAGAUGUAAUACGUAGAAAGUAUCAUCUUGUAUAUCCCUAUUAAAUUAUGAAUGCACUGAACUUAACUCCCUUUUCGCGUCA